AUGCGGAAAUGUUAUCAGAUUAUCAUGGUCCAUUAUCAUUAUUGUAUCUUUCGUUAUAUUAAUCAAAAAUCAUGUUCUAAUGAAAAUUACCAAUAACCAAUUCUCAUAAAAUUUCUUAACUCAAAAUUUUCGAACAAACAAAAAAUUCUUUUCUUUAUUUCAUGAUAAACACAUGGUUCGAGCGUAUCAGCAUGAUGGCCAUUCUUUUAAAUUGUAUCACUCUUGGGAUGUAUGAACCCUGUGUGGAUGAAGUUUGCCACCGGUCACAAUGUAGAGCACUUCAAGUUUUUGAUGAUAUGAUUUUCCUUUUCUUUGCUGCUGAGAUGGUCAUCAAAAUGACCGCCAUGGGAAUCAGAGGAUCAAAGGGAGCUUAUCUUUCCGAAACUUGGAAUAGACUUGAUUUUUUUAUUGUCAUUGCAGGUGGAUUUGAAUACAUUAAUUUGGUUGGUAAUAUAAAUCUAUCCGCAAUUAGGACUGUCCGAGUUUUACGUCCAUUAAGAGCAAUUAACCGGAUACCAAGUAUGAGGAUUUUGGUUAUGCUUCUAUUGGACACUCUUCCCAUGUUAGGAAAUGUUUUGCUUCUUUGUUUUUUUGUAUUCUUCAUCUUCGGCAUCAUCGGCGUUCAACUUUGGGCUGGACUAUUAAGACAACGUUGUUUCCUAGAUUUACCUGCUAACAUUUCACUGCCUCCGGAGACAAACUUAAGCCAAUAUUUUGUUGAGAAAAUUAAAUCCGGCGAUCCAAUAGCAUCUCACUAUCAAGUAAUGGCUGAUACAGAAAAAGAUUAUAUCUGUUCCCUUGAAAAAGAUAAUGGGAUGCACCGAUGUGAUAAUCUUCCACCCUUUAAGUAUAAUAAACGGGAAUGUUUCGGUGAAGCGAUUCCCUUUCAUCAUAAUCUUCCAAAUGAGACCUGGUGUGUUAAUUGGAAUCGUUAUUAUACUAAAUGUAAACAUGGAAUCAAGAAUCCCUUCCAAGGUGCCAUGUCCUUUGAUAAUGUGGGUAUGGCUUGGACAGCGAUCUUUCUGGUCAUCUCACUUGAGGGAUGGACAGAGAUCAUGUAUUAUGUUCAAGAUGCUCACUCAUUCUGGGAUUGGCUUUAUUUUGUCCUCCUAAUUGUGAUUGGAUCAUUUUUCAUGAUUAACUUAUGUUUGGUUGUGAUUGCCACCCAAUUUUCCGAAACAAAGAAACGUGAAAUGGAGCGAAUGAGACAAGAGAGAGCAAGACUUCAAUCCAAUAGUUCACUUGUAAGUGGAUCAGGAUCUGAGCCGACCAAUUGUUAUGAUGCAAUAAUUAAGUAUUUGGCUCAUUUGGGUCGACGAGCUAAACGGAAAGUUUGGCGUUAUUAUCGAGACUAUAGACGGAAACGACGUCGAACCCAUUGUAAAGCAUUUCGAUCGCGAGGUCAACGAUUAGAACCACUUUGUCCAAGUAAAGGUGGAAACACUUCAUGUACAUUAGCGGCCAACGAAACAACUGGUAACUCUAAUCGACCCGCUUUCGUUGUCAUCUCAAGGUCAGCUUCUGAUUAUGGUAAAGAUUCAACCGAUGAAAAUCAAUGUACCAGUCUAGUUAACAGUAGUGGAAAAAAUUGUCGAAAUUCAUCCAAAGAUAAAUCAGCUGAUUGUAACGUUUCUCAUCGUUCUCAUCACCAUCAUCAUGGUAAACACUGUCACCAUCAUUACCACCACCACCAUCAUCAUCAUCAUUAUCAUCACAAAUCGAACUCAAAACACCAUCAUCAUCAUCAAUCUUGUAAACAUCGACACAGUCAAAGCUCAGAGCAUCCAUCAUGUUCCCAUCUCGAUGAAGGUACAUUGGAAACUGAUAAAUUGAUAAGUGAUGAGGAGAGACUUUUGGAAGACAAUUGUGUUGAUAAACCUGUUGAUAGAAUGAAUUUUAUUUCAACUGAACAAUCACCAUGUGAUAAUAUUAAUAAUACUUUAAGUGAUAAUCGACGAAAUUGUUCAAUUGUUUACAAUAUAACAGAAGAUAAAUAUAAACAAUCAACUCAAGGUGAUUUAAAUUGUCCAUCAAGUUUAUCUAACAAUUUGGGUUCAUCUUCAUCACCUUCACCGGGAUCAAAAUUAAAUACAAAUAAUUUAUCAUCUAUUUUGGUUAAUUCUGAUCAACCAAUUGAUGAUCUAACAUGUUGUCCAUCAAAUGGUCAACUUUUAGGUACAACGACAAUCUGUAAAUUACGUAAAGAGAAAUCAGAUAAUUUCAAAUAUUUAAUUGACCAAAAUUCAUCAAAAAAGUCACACCAUCAAAGGUCACAUUUAGGUCCAUCUCAAUCAAAGUCACCUUCGUCCUCCAAUAAGCAACAACAAACACCCUCCGGUUAUCCGUCAACUCAUCUUCCUCUGUCCCGAAAAUUGAUCACUUACCAACGAACCAAUUUUCGACAUUGUUCCGCUCCAACUUUGACCUUGUUUCGAUCUCAGGGUGGAAGUGGAUUGGUACCCGGUCUAAAAUCUGGUACAGGAGUGGAAACACUUGAACGACGUCCAAGUAAAGCCAAUGCUCGUGAACCUGGUGGUGGUAAUGGUCAAGCUGGAAUUGAAAUUGAACCAUUGGUCAAUCGACCGGUUGGACAACAGCACCAGGCUGAUAUUUCUGCGAGUGAUACAAGUCUUUCCGUUUGUAUGAGUGGAGUUGAAAUGGAAAAUUGUAAAGAGAAACGUUCAGGUUCUCGAUGUUCAUGGACAGGUCAUGGUGUUUGUACCGAUAACGAAGAUGAUGAGGAUAGUUCAGACAGUGAAGAAUCAAUAGAUUCUCUUGAUGAUGAACAUCUUUGCGAUUGUUGUAUCGAUUGUCGUUGUCUCUCAUGUUUAAGAUCAAUUAGAGUUUAUCUUAGAUUAUUGGUUAACCAUCGAUACUUUCAGAGAUUCAUUUUCCUUGGUAUUUUGUUCAACACUCUUUCCAUGGGAAUUGAAUAUCACAAUCAACCCGACGAAUUGACCCAAGCCCUCGAAAUGUCCAACCUUAUUUUCACCUUUCUAUUUGGUAUCGAAAUGGCCCUUAAGAUCCUAGCCGAAGGUUGUUUCCAUUAUAUCUCCGAUGGAUUUAACGUCUUCGAUGGUAUCGUCGUUAUCGUCAGCAUCAUGGAGCUUGUUGAAGAUUCCGGUAGUGGUCUUUCAGUUUUAAGAACUUUUCGUUUGCUUCGAAUUUUAAAACUAGUUCGAUUCAUGCCUGCCCUUAAGCGACAAUUGGUUAUCAUGCUUCGAACUCUUGAUAAUGUUGCAGUUUUUUUCGCUCUCUUAGUUUUGUUCAUCUUCAUUUUCAGUUGCCUUGGCAUGCAUCUUUUUGGCGGUAAAUUUUGCUCCAAGCUUGAUGGUAGCCCAUGCUCUUGUGAGGACAUUUUGAAUAGUACUGUCACUUGUAUAUGUGAUCGUAAACGUUUUGAUAAUUUUCUCUGGGCCUUGGUCACCGUUUUCCAGAUCUUAACACAAGAAGAUUGGAAUGUUGUUCUUUUCAAUGGGAUGGAAAGAACUACUCAUUGGGCUGCCCUGUAUUUCGUUGUUCUAAUGACUUUCGGUAAUUAUGUUCUCUUUAAUCUUCUGGUUGCAAUUCUGGUUGAAGGAUUUUCUCAAGAGAAAGAUGAAGAUAAAAAGGAUUCAUUGGAUGGCGAAGAUGAAGAUGAGGAGCAGAUUAAAGAUGAAAAGUUAAUCUAUUUUUACAAUUCUGGAGAUAAUCUUGAAAAAGAAUUACAUUUAUUAACUAAUCCACCGGGGAUAACACCAAGAUUUUUAAAUACCAAUAAACUUGACUAUUCAUUUGGAUUUGAAUCAGUUCAACAUUCAUCAACAGUUAAUCCGAACAAUUUAAUCUGUAAUGUUGAUCAAAAUGCACAAUUUAAUUGUGAUCCAUCAUCAUCGUUUCCACCUCGAAUUGUUCAUACCGCUGCAACACCACAAGGCUCACCAGGUCCUCAAGAACUUUCCUAUGGACAUAAAUAUCUUGGUUCGUCCACUUUGGCACUAAACAGUUCAACACCACCUCCAUCAGCACCAUUACCAAUUCUGUCGAUGAACAAAUCACCAGCUAAAACCGAUCAAAAUUUACCCUCGACAAGCAUUGGACGCAAGUUAAGUACGUUAACUUCAUUCAUGCCGAAUCUGAUUCCUGGAACUCCGUUCAGAUUAUCACCUUACUCAACAAUCCGUCGAAAUAGUGUCAAUAAAAGUGAUUAUCCUGAUCGUCCAUUGAUUAGUCAACCAAUGAUCUUUGAACGUAUCGGUGUCCAUUCUCAUCAACAUCAACAAUCAACUAAUGAUCAGUCACAACAAUCAACAAAUAUCGCAAGUACAUCAACAAAUAAACAACAAGGUGAAGUUAAAGAAUCUAAAUUAUCAUCAACAAUUAGACAAGAUGAGAAUCAAAUUGAUGAGACAAGAAGAAUGCUAAUCAAAUCAAAUGAAUCAAAUUUUGAUCAAUCAUUAAAUUGGCCUUCAUCACCUUGUCCACAAUCAAAGCAACAGUUGACUGAAAAUCAUUUAAAUUCAUCAUCAUCAUUGAUCAACAGACCAUCAAGUAAACAGUGUAAUGGUUGUUUAUCAACUAAUAAUCAACAAUCAAAUCAAUUAAUUGAUUCUCAAGUUGCAGUUACAUCAACGGUUGUCUCCUUUACACCAACAUUGACAGGAUAUCAGAUCAAUAAUAAUAAUGGUCAAAGAAAAUUGUCUUUCAAUUCAUCUCCAACUUCACCACCUCCUCCACCGGGAACAACAGUUUUCUUUCCUGGUAGUAGCCAUGAAAUACUGACCAGUGGUCAUGAUGAGAGUAAACGUGGAUCACAAGGUCCAAUUGUUACACCUCGAAGUUCAUUAAGCCUUAAAUCUCCAAAUGAUUCACUUUCAUCUCCAUCUCCUGGUCACUAUUCAGGUGAUAAAAGAUAUUCAUUGGUCCAUGAAAUAAAAGCCAUGAGUUUAGGCAAUUCUUUGAGUGGAGUUUUUUAUUGUUCAUCUUUGAUUGCAAGAAAAUAUUCAUCUGAAGGUGAACCAACAACACCAUGUCCACCACCAUCUCAACAACAACCCUCCCUUACACCGAUAACACCUCCACCCUCGGGACCGAUAAUAAAUCAAGAGACUCUUAAUAACUGUAAUCAUCUACCUAAUGAAACCUCAGUUACACCAACUGCAGUUGAUUCAAUGAGUAAACGUGGAGGAAGUGGCGGCGGUGGUGGUGGUGGAAGAGACUCUCGAAGUAGUAAAUCAGUGAGAAUUGAGGGUGGAAAAAGUGAGGGAGGUACAACCACCACUUCGAGUACAAACAAGAAAAAAGGAGCCUCACCUGUGGACGCAAGUAGCGGUGGUAGUUAUCCUGUCACCUCUACAGGAAUCAGUGGUGGUGGUGAAUUUAAUAAUAAUAAUAAUCUUACAGUGGGUGGACUGCAAGAGCGUAAAUUUUGUGCCUACUUUAAAUGGUAUGAUUGGAUGUCCAAGAGAGACAAUUGUAGUCUCUUUAUUUUCCCACCCGAGAAUAGGAUUCGUAUUAAUUGUGCCAUUAUAACGGAACAUCGGUGUUUCGAUUAUGUUAUUUUAAUCUUUAUCUCUCUUAAUUGUAUAACUUUGGCCAUGGAGAGACCUAAAAUCCCUCCAUGGAGUUUAGAACGUGAAAUGUUAACCGCUGCGAAUUAUGUUUUCACCGUUGUUUUCGCCCUUGAAAUGGCUCUCAAAGUAAUCGCCAAUGGCCUUUGGUACGGUGAUAACGCUUAUUUUACCAGCGGUUGGAAUGUAAUGGACGGUAUUCUGGUCGGUGUUUCGCUUUUUGACCUUUUCCUUUCAUUCAUUGCUCAGAAAAGUCCAAGAAUUUUUGGUAUUCUAAGAGUUUUUCGUCUUCUUCGUUCCCUUAGACCUUUAAGGGUAAUUAAUCGAGCUCCUGGACUUAAAUUAGUUGUCCAAACAUUAUUAUCUUCCCUCAGGCCAAUUGGUAAUAUUGUCCUUAUAUGUUGCACUUUCUUUAUAAUAUUUGGUAUCUUAGGUGUACAGCUCUUCAAAGGUGCUUUGUUUUACUGUGAAGGACCUGAUGUCCGUUUCAUAAGAAAUAGAACCGAUUGUCUAAGUGACCCUAGAAAUCGUUGGGUCAAUCGAAAGUACAACUUUGACAAUCUCGGCCAAGCUUUAAUGGCUUUAUUUGUCCUCUCAUCCAAAGAUGGUUGGGUUAACAUAAUGUACACUGGACUGGACGCUGUCGGUGUUGACCAACAGCCUCGUGAAAAUUACAACGAAUGGCGUUUACUUUAUUUUAUAUCUUUCCUCUUGUUGGUUGCAUUUUUUGUACUCAACAUGUUUGUUGGUGUGGUGGUUGAAAAUUUCCACCGAUGUCGAGAGGAGCAAGAAAAAGAGGAAAGAGCUCGUCGAGCCGAGAAACGAGCUCGUAAACUGGAAAAACGGCGACGAAGUAUGCCCCUUAUUCUGAAACUCGAGAUGGUCUUCGAAUUUCCAAUCUCGAUUUAUAAUUUUCUCAAAUUCCUUGUCACCACAACCCAUUUUCGUAUCAUGCAUGUGAUUGAUAUAAGUCAUGGUUCCACUGGUGAUGCAACAACCAGUAAUCUUAAUCUCACCGCUUAUCCCAAUAAUCUAAGUGCACAUAAUUAUUAUUAUUUCAAUUCGAGGCAAAAUAAGUUCAUUAGUAGGCCAAUAUCCAAGCGUAAUGUUGAUGAUGAUGAGGAUGAUGAAGAGGAAGAUGAUAUUGGUAAUAAUAAUAAUUAUACUAGAUUCAAAUUGCUUGGAACCUCAACCUUGACCGCUGCAUGUUACCUGGGCUCGUCCAAUCAACUGACCGGUGUCCAUUCAAGUUCAAGUUCAAUCAAUUCUGAGAUGAGAGAACCGCCAUAUUAUAUUGGUUAUGGUCCAUUCCGAUUAAAAGUUCAUAACAUGGUAACAGGGAAAUACUUUGAUGCCAUAAUCGCCGGUGUUAUUUGUCUUAAUGUUAUUACCAUGUCACUGGAACAUUAUCAAAUGCCCUGGGAAUUGGAAUAUUCAUUGAAAAUGUUCAACUUUGUGUUUACCUCGGUGUUUGUUUGUGAGGCCUUAAUGAAAUUAUAUGCACUUGGAAUCCGUCGUUAUCUUAAAGAUCAAUGGAAUCAAUUGGAUGUUAUGAUUGUAAUUAUGUCCAUUGUUGGUAUAAUUUUGGAAGAAAUGGAAUCAGAAUUGAUUCCAAUUAAUCCGACCAUAAUUCGGGUUAUGAGAGUUGCUCGAAUUGCCAGAGUCCUUAAACUACUCAAAAUGGCCAAAGGAAUGCGUGCCUUGUUAAACACUGUUAUGCAAGCGCUUCCUCAAGUAGGUAACCUGGGCCUACUUUUUUUUCUAUUAUUUUUUAUCUUUGCUGCUCUUGGAGUCGAAUUGUUUGGCCGUUUAGAAUGUGAUGACGAUCAUCCAUGCCAAGGGCUUUCAGAACAUGCCCACUUCCAGAAUUUUGGAAUGGCGUUUUUAACUCUAUUCAGAGUUGCCACCGGAGAUAAUUGGAAUGGAGUUAUGAAGGAUACGUUGCGAGAUCAAUGUGACUCUUCACGAGAUUGUCUGAGAAAUUGUUGUGUUUCACCAAUCAUAGCACCGCUUUAUUUUGUUAUAUUUGUCCUUUUGGCUCAGUUUGUAUUGGUUAACGUUGUGGUUGCCGUUCUAAUGAAACAUUUAGAAGAAUCUCAUAAGAAUAUGGAGGAAGAUGAAGAUUAUGAGAUUGAUAUGGAAAUUGCUAGGGAACUUGCUGCUGAAAAGAAAGCACUGGAAGAUGCUAUUGAAAGAAAGAAACGAGAUGAAGAGUUACGCCGACGGAAAUCAGCCCUUUAUCGUGUUUCCUCUCUUCCGGCUAAUUUUAAGUUCCAUUUUAGUGAUGAUCUUUUAUUGUUUGGUGGUGAUGGAGAAUCGGAUGAAGAUGCUGAUAAUGAAAGAAGAGGUGGAAAUGGUAAUGGUGGUGGUGCAGGUCAAAUUUCCAUGAAUUGUUUCCAAGAACCUUUUAAUUUACCUGGUCAUCAUCAAUUACCUGGUUCGAAUUCACAUUUUAACCAUCAAGAAUAUGAAAAGAAUGAAGUUAGAGGUUAUAAUUUGAUUAGAUUAUUGGAUAAUAAUUGUGAUUAUAGUUCUCAAGGUGGACUUUGGCGUCGACCAUCUGAUGGACCAUUUAUUCAAAUUGAUACAAUUGAAGAUGAAGUCAAUGAUAAUGUUAACUGUGGUCAAGAAUUAGUUUCAUCUCCUAAUGAUUACGAUAGAUCGUCUCAACCAUUUUUAAAUGAAUACCCUUCUGGUUUAACUGUGUCACGAAAAUUAUCUGAUGUUACCAUUGUUGAUGAAGAAUCAUCUUUACUCACUCAAUGCCUUUUACCUUCAUAUCCUGAAUUCACCUUGGAACCGGAUGCUGCCUCAGUUGAAUCAUUAACUUGGUCAGGAGAGGCAAGUGGAAGUGACCAUUCAUUAAAUUCAUCGACAUCUGACCACCAAGUUAAUCAACAAUCAACAGAACCACAACAGCAACAGCAACACGAAUCUUCAUUGUAGUUUAGUUCAAUUUCAAUCAUUCAUCUUUUAAAGAAGAUUAAGUUUUCCUCAUCAUCAUCUGCACCUAAUUAAAUAACAAUUCACAAUCUACAUAGUUAAUCCUGUUGAAUAAUAUAAUAAUUGUCAUUAUUAUAUUAUUAUUCUCGUUAUGAUUGCCAAAUGAGUUAGAGAGCAAUUAAAAAAAAGGAAACAUCGAGGAUAAUCAAUCGCAUCGCGAUUAACAAUCAAUCCAAUCAAAAGUAUCUUCAAGAUUUUUGAUCAAUAUUUUUCUGUGAUAGUUUGAAAUCUCUCUCUCUCUCUCUCUCUCAUUCUUUCUCUAGUCUUUUCUUCAACUUUUUGGCCAAACAAUUAAUCAAAUUCAAUUACAAUAACAGAGGAAGACUAAUCAAUCCCACACACACACAAAUGAACAAUACAACAAAAACAUGACGAAAAUGAUUACGAUGAUGAACUGAAUUAAACCACAGUAAUUAAGCUGUGUAAUUAACAUGUUUGCCAACACACAACCACACAAAGAAACAACUUAAAUCUAUAUAUUGUCAAUAUAUCAUAACAUCUAAUCUAAUGUCAUUAUUUUAAUUGUAAUUGUUUCUUAAAUGUAUUACUAUUACAUCUCUUCAGUAACAGUUAAUUACGAAACUAAAAAACGAUAACAGUUUAUAUAUAGUUCAAUGAUUUAAAUGUAAUCAUUUCAGUACAAACAAAGAAAAAUCAACUACAAAGAAAUUGAAUAUAACCCAUUAAAACAAAACGAGCGAGAAAAAAACUCCUCAUCUUAAUCAUUUUUAGUUAAUUUCUCAAUUACAAUUGUAAUUAAAAUUAAAAUUUCGUUUUCACAACAA